UGCGCUGUGACAGCGCUGGCAAGCUGAUUACGAUAAUUUGAUGACAGACCUUGACAGACAUCCAAAAACUGUCAGCAAUUGGUUAAGCGGUAGCCAUUUUAUUAAUCCUAGAUUUUGUUCGAUUUUGUAUUUUGUUCGAUCGCGUGGUCUCUUCUGAAAACACCGUUAUUUUUUAAAAAUUCUAUAAUGGAGACAUACCUAUACAGCAGAAUAUGAAUUUGGUAAUUUACUCUAUAAGAUAGAAGAACGUGAAGAGAUUCACAAUCUAUUAGGAGAUGCAGAAUAUUUUCAACAAUAUAUAACUGAAAAUGCCAUGUCCAUAGAGGUCUCCUUAUUAGACAAUGAAAAGGAAGGGGAGAAACAAAGUGAACAAUUUUCGUGGACACCGCGGACAACCAAGCUGUUGCUCUCUGCCUACAACGACAAAAAGGGUCUCUUUAGAGACCCCAGGAUGAAAAAGAAAAAUUUAUGGGUAGGCAUAAAAAAUGUUUUCCUUGAUCAUGGUUACCAUGUGUCUGAAGAUAUCCUUGACAAGAAAUUCAGAAACAUGAAAAGCCAUUUCAAAGUUGUCAAGGAUAAUGCGAAGAAAAGCAAAACAGGGCAAGGUAGAGUUUCGUGGGAGUAUUUUGAAGCUAUGGAUGUCAUUUUCGAAGAGGACAAAACUAUAAAUACUGAUGAGGUUAUAUCCUCAAUGAGAAUGGCAGUCACAAGUGAAUUAUCUGAAGAUAAAGAAAAUAUACUCCCAACUACCUCUGUUAAUGCAGACUCACAGCCCGGUACAAGCAGAAGAGAACCACAGCCUGGUACAAGCAAAUCAGAACCACAGCCUGAGCAGAACCAUACACCUGCUGAAGAGACAAGUAUACCAUUAACAGGAAAGUCCUUAGCGCAGUACAGAACUGUGAUGAUGGAUCACGAUGACAGAAGAUUAGCUCUAUUGGAACGCAUCGCACAAACUUUGGAUGAAAUAAAGGAUGUUCAAAUCAAACGAAAUAAUUUAAUGGAGAGGUAUUUAAAUUUGAAAGAAAACAAAAAUUAAUAUAUAUGUAUAUAGUUUAGAUUAAGUUUCAUCUUUGUAUGUUCAGAUUAGGUAUAUAAUAUUUAGAUAUAUAGAUUAGGUAUACAGUGAUGAGUGUGCUAAUAACUGGCAAAAUAGCUUAAAAGAUGGAAAACAUAAUACAUUGCGAAACAAAAAGAGAUGAAUUUAGUGGAGGUGGAAAUUAUCGUUAUAAAUGUAUAAAUUAACAUUACAUUACCUAAUUUACCACCUUUAGUCGUCUGACAUGAGUAUUUUAUAAAAUUCUACUGUCACAGUGACAGUUAUCAUACUCCUCUGGUACGUCUAAAGGUGCGAAACUAUGUAAUGUAAUGUUAAUUUAUAUGUUUAUAAUGAUAAUUUUUACCUCAACUAGUUUCAUCUCUUUUUGUUUCACAAUGUAUUAUGUUUUCCAUCUUUUGAGCUACUUUGCCAGUUAUUAGGGCGCUCAUCACUAUAUAUAUGGUAUGGUGCAAAUGAAAGGAAUAAAUUCAUUAUUUCGUAAACCGGCGACUUUACGGAAAAAUCCAGAAACAGAUCGAUUUUUAUUUUUAAAUUAUGAUAUUUUGGCAUAUAUUUCACACAAGUGACUUCAUUCAUCUGGGCGUGGUGAGGUAAUCGAUGAUUUUUUUAAAUGAGAAUAGGGGUCGUGUGCUAGCUCAUUUGAAAGGUUAUUCAAUUCUCUAUUCAGUAAUAUAAACGUUAACAUCGGUAUUUAUACAGGGUGUCCAAAAACAAUUUUUAUAUUAAAUUAAUUAACAAAAAAAGGAGAAUGUAUGUAAUUUAUUUAAUUCAAAAUACAUUUACUACUGUCAGAAAACAGGAAAAAAAUGUUUUUUCGAAAAAUAACAUUGCUUUUCGCUUAAAUUAAUUGUUAAAACUUCCAAAAAGCAGGUGCUUUGCGGGAGCUAGCUUGAACAUUAAAUUUAAGCGAAAAGCAAUGUUUAUUUUUCAAACAUUUUUUUCUGUUUUCUGAUAAUAGUAAAAAGUAUUUUCUAUUAAAUAAAUUACAUACAUUCUUCUUUUUUUGUCAAUUAAUUUAAUUUCAAAAAUUGUUUUCGGACUCCCUGUAUAAAUAAUUGUUAAUGUUUACAUUACUGAAUAGAGAAUUGAAUAACCUUUCAAAUGAGCUGGCGCACAACCCUUAUUCUCAUUUAAAAAAAUUAUCGAUUACGUCAUCACGCCCAGAUAUAUGACAUCACGCAUAUUAUAUAUAUAUGCUAAAAUAUCAUAAUCUAAAAAUAAAAAUUGACCUGUUUCGGAAUUUUUCCUUAAUGUCGCCGGUUUACGAAAUAACGAAUUUAUUCCUUUCAUUUGCACCAUACUGUAUAUGUAUACAGUAUGUAGGUUAGGCAUAUAUUUUGUAUAUAUAGAUUAGAUUCAACUUUUGUCUGUAUUCUUUUAGAUUUAAAAUAAAUAUUAAAAUGGAAUAUUGAA